UUACCGCUAGCAUAUAACAUACGCUGCCCCGACGACUACUCAAAAUGAGUCGCCGAGUUCUAACCGAUCCGCAAGGGGCGAGCUGCCGACCCGAUACAUGAGAGCUUUACCGUCUGUCGAUCCUGUACAGCGCCCAGAUCUGCCCAUGUCAUCGCCUCCGUCACCCUCCGCCGGCCCUCACCGCGUCGCUGCAGUCUCCAUCCGCCUUCCACCGCCCUGUCCCCACCUCGCCGCCUACCGUUCCGCCGGGAGCUCCCAUCCUCUAUGCUCACUCUAUCAAUGCCUCCGCGUGCGUCCACUCGGUCGUGCCGAGGUUCGACGCGGUCCUGGCGAGGUCCCUCGCUGCUCUUCGUGCCCCUCGGCCAGUAGUCCUCGCCUCUAUGCUUGCCUCGCCUGCGCUGCCGUCCACUGUCCCGCUCACGCCACUGCCCAUGCCCGUAUUGGCCAUGAGAUAGCCGUCGACGUCGACCGCGCCGAGCUAUUCUGCUGCGCAUGCGGCGAUCAGAUCUACGAUCGUGACUUUGACGCCGCCGUCGUGUUUGCGCAGGCCGCUGCUGCACCCGCGCCGGCGAGGUUGGAGCCUGCCGUGUCUGAGGAGAAUGUCAGAAAGCGGCAGAGGGUUGAGUACCGAUCGUGGUACCCGAAUCGGAAGGAGAGUGCAGUGAUUUGGAGGGGAUCUGGCCCCAUCUUUGCCAAUGAUGAGAAUGUAUCUUCGUCGGCUGGAUCUCGCUUUCCGUGGGGACUCAGAGGAUUGAACAAUCUUGGGAACACCUGCUUCUUGAACUCUGUUCUUCAAGCGCUACUUCAUACUCCGCUCCUGCAGAACUACUUCCUGAGCGAUCGACACAAUCGCUUCGUUUGCCAGCAGAGAAGCAGGAGGAAGAAAGGUGAAGGUGCUGACGAGCAGAUAACUGCUACAUUAUGCCUUUCUUGUGAUCUGGACGCGAUGUACUCUGCGGUGUUCUCUGGUGAUAGCAGACCUUACAGCCCUGCCAAGUUUCUAUAUAGUUGGUGGCAGCAUGCCUCACAUUUGGCAAGUUAUGAACAGCAAGACGCUCAUGAUUUUUUCAUUACCAUGCUUGAUGGAAUCCAUGAAAAAGAGCAUGAGCAGCGCAAAUUACACAAUGAGGGUAGCGGAGACUGUUGCAUUGUACAUAAGGUUUUCUCAGGUAUCUUGAGAUCAGAUGUUACUUGUUCCAUGUGUGGCUACACUUCAACGACAUAUGACCCUUGCAUGGACAUCUCAUUGAACUUAGAUUACAGCAACGAUUCUCUAAAAAGUUUUAGUUCAAAUUCUCAUGUAUGCAAUGGAGAAAGUGAUUAUUUUUUCCUAACUCAGAAGUAUGGAAUGUCUACACUCCUGGGCUGUUUGGAGCACUUCACAAGGCCAGAGAGAUUGGGUUCUGAUCAAAAAUUAUUUUGUCAACAUUGUCAAGUGAAGCAAGAAUCUAUAAAACAGUUGUCUAUCAGAAAACUUCCUCUAGUUGCUUGCUUUCACAUUAAAAGGUUUGAACAUUCCCUGCAGAGAAACAUGGCAAAGAAGAUUGAUCGUUAUGUGCAGUUUCCAUUCUACUUAGACAUGGUGCCCUUCCUUUCCUCUUCCAUCCUAAGAAGUCGCUUUGGAAAUCGUAUAUCUAGUAUUACUGAUGGAGAUUCAGAUGCAGAUAUGGAGCUAACUUCAGAGUUUGAAAUAUUUGCAGUAAUUACGCAUAGUGGUAAAUUAGACUCUGGACAUUACACAACUUACUUGCGACAAAAUAAUCAAUGGUACAAAUGUGAUGAUUCAUGGAUCACUCUUGUAAGUGAGAAUGCUGUGCGGGCAUCACAGGCAUACAUGCUAUUCUAUGUGCAGAAGAUUCUUCACUAAAAUGGAAAAUGAAAAAUAUGUUUGCCUCUUGAUUUUUUUAUGGACUCCUGGGAGAUAAGGUCAAGUUUAAGUGUGAGAUUGUCAUGGUUUUUUUUUCCAUACUUAUUUACCUGCCAUGCUGCCAUAGAGUAUGAUUUUUGGGAUAUUUACAUCUUGGAAGCUUUAAAGUGCUUUUGCUUCAGCAGGGUGCCUUAACCUAUGAGUUACUUCUUGAUGAUUAAUGAUGAAAUAUUAAAUCACUGACAUUUAUCACAUACAUUGGGGAGUAGGUGUAUCUUUGAAUUAUAGAGAUUAAGGAAGACCAACUUUUUUGAGGCAUUCCUUUCAGAAUGGAAAAUUUCCAGUAAUAGAGGCACAGGUAAGUUCCCAAUAGCUUGAUGAUUAUAUGGUGCCUUCCUUUUUAACAGGUAUGUGUUGAAAAUUUGAAGCUUGGCAGAGUCAUUUAAGGCAGCAAACAUUCUUUUACUUCUAUCAAAGAAAAGAUUCUCUCACAUCUAGAUUAUUAUUUUAGAUGCAUAAAUUAAAAUGUUUAGAGGGACAAAUUAGAUUUUGUCAAAAUGUGACAUGAGGAUAUUGUAUUUCACUAUUAUAUUUUUUUUGCCUCGUA